CUGGCGCCAUGGCGCUGACGUUUGACGUUGCGGCUCCCUUUCUGCUGUUCACCGUCCUCAAUAGCACCCAGAAUCUCGUCCUCUCGCUCAUCACGGCGCUCACGAGGGUGAAGACCGGCGUGCUGUUCGGGUGAGUGCGCCACGCCAUGCCACGCCCGCCGGGAACAAGGCGCAUCCAUCGAUGUGUGUUGUGUUUCGCUGCUGGUUGUGUGUUUGCAGCACUGGGGAAGAGACUGGGGAAGCACUUGCAGGCGGCACCAGCAGAGAAGCCAGCCUGCAGCUCCUGACACGAAGCAGGGCUCAUGGCAACCACACAGAGAUGGUCAGCCUCAGCUGACUGACUACAACGACUCACCUGAAACACAUGCAUGUGAUGUCUUCCUGUGCGUUCCUUGUGUGCAGAUGACGGUUCACCUUUUCCUGCUGUUGGGGCUGACCAUUGCGGCUGCGGUGGAGGGGCCGACCGUUGGCAUCACCAAGGUGGCUCUCUACUCGUAUGGGGCGAUUUUCUUCACUCUCAAGACGAUGCAUGUCCACGCCCACCUGCAGCCAGACAGCUACAAGGCACCAAACCAACCAUUCAGAACGGUACGGUCGCCACACACCACACACACACGCCUCGAGCACACGCACAGAACGGGUCGAUGAGGGGGAGGGGCGGAGAGCGUCACUGUCUGUCUGUUUGUUUGUGUGUGUGCAGAUUGGCUAUGUCGGGAACUGGCUCCUGAUGGUAGUGAUGGCUGGGCACCUUCUGCUGGCCUGGCUCAAGAAGGAGAACAUCUUUUAGGUUAGGAGAGAGGCAGGGAGAGAGGGAGGGAGAGAGGUGUCGGCCGAUAGGGCCGACGGACUGACUCACUUAGUAUGAUGGAUGGAUGGAUGGAUGGAUGGAUGGAUGGACGCACUGAGUGUGGCAGUUUGAGACUUUUGACUGUAAGUGGUUUUGUAUGUGAGGCUCGCUGAUCGGUGAAUGGCACGGCACGCUACGGCCGCCAUGCGAUGGACAGCGCAAUCACGGAUGCUCUGCUGGUGUACAAUCUUGUGUCUGUUUCUCGAGGGCCUGGCUGUCUGGUUGUGUUGUCCCUCCCUGUCUGUCCUUCGGAUGGCCAUCCCCCACACGCAGCUGAGUGCAUCUGUCCGUGCGGGUGGGCCGCUUACAGGAUGGAGGAGAUGAGAGGUGCCUGUCCGCCAGCCAUUCCAGUUGUCACACUAUCACCCGUGCUGUUUGUUUCCGUGUGUCAUCGCUGACUUGUAUAUCGUUGGUUGCUGCCGUCUUGGCCGCAUCCUUGGGAGCCUUGUUGCCGGCUGCGUAUUCGCUGGGCGGCAGCACCGCACCCAAGGAUGCAGCCGAGAGGGCAGGGGCCUACACCAAACACUGACUGUGUGGAAACAAGAAGGCCCUUAAUCAUUUUCCCAGCAUGUCUACCUUGCUUUAUCCACGUUUGUUGGUCGUUGGCUCUCUUCGUCUGUUGGUCUGUGAUGCCGUUUGUCGGUCGUCAGGAUGGGAGCUGGCACAAGGGCGGUGUGAGUGAGUGCUCUCACUGCAGCUUGUCUCCAUCUUCUUCUUGAUGGCCGACACGGCAGGCCUGCAGACAAGGCGUACGAUGCAAUCAACUGGGUUUGGACAGAGUGGCUGGCUGCACUGCAUUCAUUCAACAGCUCAUUCGGAAGAAAUUAAUGGCUCAU